UUAUCACAGCGGCUCUGUUUGACAUUUGAGCAACAAUUAGUUUAUAAAAUAGGACCAGAAAACUGCGCGUUCAUCCGACAAAAGGCUUGAUUUUUGCAGUCGCCUUAAUCCAAACAAGAGAUUUUCAAGAAAUUUUUGUUCCAGUCAAGUUUAAGGUACAAUGUUACGAAUAAUUCACCUAAAAUCCUUACAAGAAGAGAUCCCAUAGAGACCAUUAUGUUACUCUUCCUACAGGGUUUUUUCCUUAACAAACUUGCAAUCCAACUAGACGGAUGAGUUCUUUGACAUUACUAAGCCAGAAGAUCCUUAAUGCAGUGUCAACUUCUGUGAAGCUUAAAGGCAUUUUAGCGCGAGAUUUUAACUUGAUUUGCUUACUUGCCGCACGAGCUAAAUGUGUGUGAAUAGCAGCAAACAAGAACCUUUUCGAUUCAGUGUUUGUGCAACAAGAAGAAAACGUGAAGUUGGUAAAACGAACAUAUACAAGCGCUUUGUUAACAAAAACAGGCAAAAAAGGUAACCUUACAAUUCCCUUCUAUUUAACAGUUAGAGACUAGUUGUUUUAGCGAAAAAAAAAAUGAACGCAGGAGUAAAUAAUCGAAGGUUCGAGACAUUCGUCCAUAAUUUGUUUCUUAACUUCAACUGAAAGUUCCCUAAAAAGGAAUUAACUGAUAUUUUUUAACACUUCUUUGAACUUGCUGUAAAACACAUCGAAGAUUUGUAAUAUUUAUCUAUCAAUAUGCAGUUGUUUUCAAUGGAAACAAAAUAGAUAUUAGGUUUAACAGGUUCGUCCAUUACCUUGACUAAACUGGACUUAUCUGGUUGCCAUAAAAUAAAAACGAGAAAACGCUUCAUAAUAAUUACUCUUAAAGUUCGAAAUACCGAUUUUCCAAGGAAACCCGAGAUUUAUCUAGACGUUUAUUAACACGAAUGUUUAGAAAGGGCGUUAUAAAAAUAUUUUUUAUGAAAAUUUUAAUAACAUAUGACAAAAACGAAAUAUUUGAUUAUAUAUGGGGUAAGUAAACAGAAUGUUGACUGUGUUUCUGAUGAGAUACAGCGAAAAAAAAAUAAGAGUAAAAAAAAUUGAUGCAAAUUAAGAUCUACUUUUUGAGGAAAUUUUAUCGACACCACAACACUAGCGUGCGUGGCAGGCGUUCGAAAGGGAAGGGAAAGGGAAUUAGGCGUCCUUUCCUUUAUCCCUCGCGCGCCCCACCCUACAACACAAAAAUAGGCAACAAAUUGGUGUUAGACGGACUACGUAAACUAUAAGAUCUUCUAUGACUUAUGAAGGCUGAAGCGUCCACAAAGUGGGUACCAUAGAUUUUAUAAAAGCCUAUGGAUCUGAGGAUCGCUUGUAGAAUUUAUCUUAAAAUGAUCAGGUGACCAUUGUCAUCCUAUUUAUUUUUAUUGUUGUUCGUCUUUUUCGUUUUUAAAACAUCAAAAGAAGUAUUUAUAAGUGGCUUAUGAGGAACGUGAGUAAAAAAAUGAUUUUUUUUUUUGGAAAGGCUUUAUUAUAACAGUUUUUAAGGAGACAUCAGGCUUUCUAUUUCUGAACUAUCGAGGAACUGUUUGUAAAGUAGCUUAUCAUAGCUACAUUUUAACGACUGGAUUCUGUAUUUUUGUCGCCAGGUUUAAAGGGCCAUUAUGCAUCUGGUGCGUUCAACUUAUAUGCUUCUACUAAUCCUCGCCUCCUUUACCUUGUUCUUGUCGGAUGGAAAAAAGAGCUGCGAAUCAGAGCAACUUCAGAAAUGCAUUUCUCAGUAUGUGGAACUUGUCAGGGGCAAACAAGCGGAUGGAUCUAGCGAGCAGCAUUGCUCUCGAGUGCAGGUAAUUGGAGUUAUAGGAAUUUUAGGAUACCGUGAGGAGCCCAUAACCCGGAUCGAGCAACUCCCAUACUAGGCCUACGUCACGGCGUUUUACAGCCCGUUUUAUUUUUAGACACAUUUUAGGACACUUUUUCCUACGAAAUUGAAAUCUCCACCACGUCUAUGGACGCAUUCGAAGUAUAAGAUAUCAAAGAGGAAAACGCAACGUCAUUAAAAGGCUAAAAUUAUCAUUUUUAGGUCUGUAGAUUUUGCUGAUUGGUUUGUGGGACCUUAAAGAUAUUCUAAAUUCGCGCCAAAACCGCUCUAAAAAUAAACUGGUCCGUGAAAACGCCGUGACAGGAGUACAUGGAAAUAGCUCGCUCCAGGUUAUGGGCUCCCGAUAACGCAAACUGUAACUUGUACCCUCCCCCCACCCCAGUUACCUGUAAACAAUCAAAGGCGACAAAAACGAAAAAAUACAGUCCAAGGCCGCUUUACGGACACCACCUUGAUGCGGACACCUCGUUAGCACCGACAAUUUCCUAUGUCUCUGAGGAAGCCUUAACUGAUUUUCUCAAAAUUCUACCCGCUUAAUACGGAGAACCGUUAAUGCGGACAACGGACACUUGUUUCCUGCCCAACAGAUUAUCGUAGAAAGUCAACCUCGCUAAUGAGGACACUACAUUAUCAACUGUCCCUUUAAAUAGACCUCUCCUUUUAAAGAUAGAAAAAAACUUCUUCAGUUGACAGCAUGUCGAUGUUUCCAACGCUAAAGUCAGAGUACACCGGAUAGGAUGAAUUGUAGAGGUCUACGACUAUUUUGGCAUCAAACGAGUUAUGCAAGGAAUACAAGGAACUGUUUUGAUUAAGCAAUAUAUAGAUGGGGACGAUUCUUGACUCUUUCCGUGGAUUUAUUCCGCCGAUUGACGGCUUUGUGAAGUUUAGUAAUGUAUAACUCGACGAUGCUAAUGUCAUGUUGUAUUUCUUUAGUCUGUGUUUCUUUCGAAUGAAAGGUGUCUUUUCUACUUUAUUAAUAGCUUGACCGGCUUAAUACGGACACUUUAUAUGGUCCCUUCAGUGUCCGUAUUAACGGGCUUUGACUGUACAUCCGAUUAUAAGCUUCCUGGAUAUUAGCCUCCCUCUAGCUCCAAUUAUAAACAUGCCUCUAAAUUCGAUUUAUUAUGACCCUCCGGAGCUUAAUUAAAAAACAGUAAAUACAAAAAGUAUUUUGAUCAGCAGCGCUAUUAGUUUUUUCAAAGCGUCUUUUCUAUUCCGGUUAUAAACCCCUCAGUUUAUAAGCCUUCCUAAAACUUCUUAUUAGCGGAGUUUACGGUAUUAUGCUGUGCAGUUAUUUACUUGGUUAUCAGAGGCCUCAAUGGGGAUAAACCGUUAACCUUAAGACUGCCCAAAAGUGGGGCGUUAUGUAAGUGGUAAAAUUCAAAAUAAUAAUAAAAAUAUUCCCGAAAAAUUUUCUUGUAGGGAAAUUUCUUAUUUUUAAAGUGUUAUAUCUUGCAGCAAGAUAUAAUUAGAUAAAAUUUCUAUCCUACUUCAGUUCUUCGUGAGAUAAAUGGUUUCGAAUGAUCGGUUAGUUUCCUUACUGAAAAUAAAUUGGAAAGUAACCGUUCAACGUAAAAGCUACCACUUUCACUUUGGAUAAUAAGAAGUCUAAAACGAGCACAGCCUUGGCUAAACCGAAAUUUUGCUGUUCCACUGUCGGAAAAUUUUCUUAAGUGUGUAUUUUUUUGUCAGUGAAGGAAUACACGGCCUUUAAAAUUUUACCUAGGCAAUACAACUACUUUGGUUGUCUUUACUCUGGCUACUAAUGGACUGGAAAGAAAUGAGAUCGUAUGCGAUUUUUCCAAUUUUUAUAUUUUGAAAAGGAAAAAAAGGCGUUAAAUGUUUUUUAAAACAAUGGAAGUUACUUUUUACUUGAAAAUCAAAAGUUUGCUUCAGAAGACUUCCGUAAUUUGCUAUCGUACGGUUAGGAUUUAGCUAUAAGAGGCAAGGCAGGACCCCCUCCUUAAAAAAGAAGAAGAAGAAGAAGAAGAAAUAAAUGAAAUUAAAGUAAAUAAAUAAAAUAACAAAAUAGUAAUCAUUAACGUCUGCAUUGAGAACCUCAGUGAGAUCAUGACUACUCAGUCUACUCACGCAUGGCCACUGGUUUUAAGCGGAAAACGACGUCAAAAAAAAUUGACAGCGAAAUUUAAAUUUAAAUAAAUGGUUCAACAAAUAAUCAUUUCAACUGGUUUUUAAAGAGCACGUCGCAAUAGACUCAAAUGUGAAAACAAUUUUUGAGAAGCUCAAUCGCUUGGUUGAGAAAUUAUUAUUAAUACUUGAUUUUUGCAUUGCCCGCAAUUUUAAUACUUUUUUGAAAAUAACAUAAGCACACAUUUCAAAAUGCUAAGUAUCUCCUAAAGCAACUGAACUUUUAAAAUUUUGUAAAGUGUGCGAUAAAACAGGCCAAGAAACUUGUAAUUUAUUAAGGUCUUUUUUCGACGGUUUACCAUUGAUUAACACCAAAUUGUUUUCGACCAGAUGAAUGUGCUGAGCAAAAGGCAAAGAGUAGAGGAAGGCCAAGCAAACGAAAAAAAAUGGAGCAGACCAAAAGAUGCCAGGGUUAAAGUUCGGAAAAAAUACCCCUAAAAUGCAUCAAACUCUAGCUGCAGUGUAAAAAAAGUGCCUUGGCGGAAAUGUUUACACAGUAACUUUUGGGGAGUUAUUAUAACUCCAAAAAUGGAGUAAAAAUUUUAGGUACAGGAUAACCCCUUUUAUGGGGUCACUUUAACUCCUGAUUUAACUCCAAAUUCGGGGUCAUUUUUACUCCUGAAAAAGAGUUUUUUUCUCUUCCAGUCUGGAGUUAAAAUAGCUCCGAGAAUGGGGUUAUUUUUACUCCUUACAUGGGUUGUUUUUUGAAGUUAAUUUAACCCUUAAGUGGAGUAAAAAUCUUCCAUUUCUUCAUUUUAAAAAAUGACCCCAAGAAAGGAGUUAUCCUGUACCUAAGAUUUUUCAAUACACUAGAGGAGUUAUUAUAACUCCUUGAAAUUACUGUCAGUGAUAGCUGGACAUUUAGCGUCAUAGCAACCAAGAAGCCAAUUUAACGGUUGAAAUAUGUUUUUGAAUGGGGGGUAAAAAUUCCGCGGUUAAAGGGUUAAAUUUGAAAAAGACUCAAUUGAGGACUCCAUUUCCCUCUGGGUUGAACUUUUAUUCAAAAGAUCCACUAGGUUUUCAUUGACGCUUCGUUAAGACAAAGGUCUGGAAAAUUCUAGAGAGAGGACAAAAUAUGUUUUCCAAGAAAUAAAACCUUGUGUACUUUCUCUUCCUACAGGAAGUUUUGUCCUGCUUUGCAGAAAACCCAUCAUGCAAGGGACAGUCAGUUAAUAGUUUUCGCCAGUGGAUUUUGAAAGAGGCAAAGCUUGAGGUCAAGCUUAAUAUCUGCCCUACAAUAAAUCCAAAAGAGCUCGAAGAAUCUGUUUCAAAUACAGGUAAAAUGGCUCUUACGUAAAUUCGCUUGGUCCUCGUGUAAUUACAUUUAUAAACUCUUUUUUCUUUUUUCAUGCAGUCAAGAGAGAAUAAAGUCGAAAGGGAAGCGAUCAUUACAAAAUAAUGAAUGGUAAUAAUUAUAUAUCCAACAGAUCCGGGGUAACUUCACAAUACAUGAACUGGAGAAGAUCAGCUGGAAGAUCACACUACUGGAACAUCUCAUAUCUAAGACUGAUACUCCGUCAAAUAGGCUUCACCCUCAUUCUACCCUAGGCCCUAAGAAUGGGCUCGGUCAUUACGUUGUGUUAUGGCAUAAAGUUAGAUGAGAUAAUAAUAAUAAUAAUAAUAAUAAUAAUAAUAAUAAUUAACGUAAUUUCUUGUGAAUGGAUACGUUUCGCCACAGCGAGCUAAGAGAUCUCGAAGCUGAAUUUCUGAGUAUGGUGUGUAACGAUGUCGAGAUCGAACCAGUACUUCAAGACAUCUCCGGCUAACAUUUAAACAGAGGAUCUAACAAAGCUCAGGAUGCGAGGUUAGAUAUCCACGCGCGUGGUUUCUGGGAGCGACAUCGAUCAGCAUUCUUCGAUGUGAGGGUCUGUCACCCUAGUGCUGUAUUGUAUAGGGACCUAGAGCCACAACAAAUUUAUCGUAUCCAUGAGAACGAGAAAAAGCGUCUCUACUAAAAGAGAGUCUUGGACCUUUACACCUUUGGUAUUCACCACAACUGGCGGAAUGGGAAAGGAGUGCUUGAUGUAUCAUAGCCGUUUAGCUCAGCUGAUUGCCAUCAAAAAAGUGGAGCAGUAUGCCAAAACCAUCUCAUGGAUCAGAACCAGAACCUCAUUCGCACUCUUGAGAUCUGUGUUGGUUUGUCUUAGAGGCUCUGGGACAUGAAGAGUGCCAUGUGACAUCAAGAAUGUUGAUGUUGACGUCGAAGUUGUUGAAGCAGCCAUUCAAUCGGACUAUUGAUGUGUUUCCUUACUUUUAAAUGGCAAUCGUACUAUUGAUGUGUUUCCUUACUUUUAAAUGAUUUUUUUAGAGAUUAUCUUAGUAAAAAAUGCAAUUGACCUUGAAAAUAGUUUCUUCUUUUUUUAUUCGAAAUGAAUUGUUUUAAUUGAAAUGAAAUGUUCUUAAUCUGAAUAAUUUUUGUUUAAUGAAAUGAAUUUUUUUUCUGAUCAAAACUAAGUGUUUUUUCAAUGAAAGGAAUUGUAAAUAGUGUUUUGACGAAAUAAUUUUUUAAAGUGAUUUAAUAAUUAUUGUAAAUAGGUUUUAAUAGUUAGUAUGUUAUCAAUAAACUUCAACAUGGAUACGUUUUGGAAUUUUAUUAUCGGUUUUGAUUUAAUUUUCUUUUUGAUUUAUACUAAGAGAACGAAGCCUUUAGGUUUAUAUCCUUCAUCCAUUACAAAAAUAAACUUGGUAUUAUCAAAAUAAUCUAAAAUUCAACUAAAUCCUUAUUCGCAGAUGAAGAAGAGGAGAACGAGGGGAAGAAGGUAAGAAUUUUAGCUGCAAAAAAACAAGCUCUGCGGAGAAAAAAAGAAAUCUUUGUUACACUCAUUAUUCUUCAUGUAGUAGAGAUGUUUUGUUUAUAGUGGAAAGUGCAUUUAGUUCACCAGUUACAGGCACUGCACUCAAAUAAUUUGAAACAAGUAAUCCAAACAGAACAUAAAAGGAUUAAAAACUCAACUGGUAGGAGGCAACCUUGGCUACUUACAAGCGUAGCUGAGGAUUUGAACUCGGGACAACUCGGGGGCACCCAACGACAAUUUUCGGAAAAUAUCUGUUUAUAAUAUAAUAUUUGAUUUAUACUAAGAAAACGAAGCCUUUAGGUUUAUAUCCUUUAUCCAUUAUAAAAAUAAACUUGGUAUUAUCAAAAUAAUCUAAAAUUCAACUAAAUCCUUAUUCGCAGAUGAAGAAGAAGAGAACGAGGUGGAAGAAGGUAAGAAUUUUUGCUGCAAAAAAACAAGCUCUGCGGAGAAAAAAAGAAAUCUUUGUUACACUCAUUAUUCUUCAUGUAGUAGAGAUGUUUUGUUUAUAGUGGAAAGUGCAUUUAGUUCACCAGUUACAGGCACUGCACUCAAAUAAUUUGAAACAAGUAAUCCAAACAGAACAUAAAAGGAUUAAAAACUCAACUGGUAGGAGGCAACCUUGGCUACUUACAAGCGUAGCUGAGGAUUUGAACUCGGGACAACUCGGGGGCACCCAACGACAAUUUUCGGAAAAUAUCUGUUCGGAAGACGAUUUGAGAUCUAGAAUUUUCGGAACAUUUGUUGUAAAAUUCCUUGCUUGCCUGCCUCUCCUAGGAUUUUCGAACAUCUAAAAAAUGGUAUAACUGCCUAUUUUAAACCUAUUUUUACCCUAAAAAGGUCACCUAAAAUUUUCGGGAGCCUUUUUUCUGACUGGAAUUUUCGAAAAGGUAAGUUUUGAUCCCUAUAAUUUUCGGAUCACUAGACUUUCAGCUAGGAAAUCCGAACAGAUGAAAAAUUUUUAGGGGAUACAAAUAUGCCUACAUCUACCCUUUAAAUACUAAAAUACGUUUAACAAUGCUAUGUUUAAGUGGUUUUGAACUAUAUUCUCGUUGGGUGCCCCUGACAACUGAGAACAAAUCCAGCAACUCGCCAGAGCGGGAGUCGAACCGCGGGACUCGUAGGCGUAGUAGUGAAUAAUUAUAUAAUACAUCAAUGGUAUGAAUCAAUAUGUCGGAUUAUAAACAUAACUUUCAAGACAAGUUAAAAUUGCUUCUGGCCUUUUUUUUUUAAUGUUUCAGUCGAUGAAGAUAUUGCCUGCGCCAGGGAUGUUCACAUCAAAUGCAAUAAACGGUUUUUGACGUUGAUGACGCAACCUGGCGAAAACAUCUGUAGUGACGCAAAGGUUUGGUUUGACUGUUACAAG